AGAUAUUAAGUGUCAGAGUUUGGGGGCAAUACUUGGGGUACUUUGGAAUCUGCUCUUGCCACAGGCUCAGAAAACCCCAGGUCUGGUCCUGCCUCUGGUAGGUGUGUUCAUGAUUCUCUCAGUGAUUAUUAGUGGGACAUGAACAAUGGACCAUAGCCAGACAUGCCAAGGAGAUGAAUUCAAAGCAGUGGUCUGUGAUUUUCUCUGACCAAGCCCAGUUUCCAAAGAGAAUAUAAGGCUAGGGUUCUAGAGGACACGAUUGAGAAGUAUCUCUGUUCCUUUCGUUGACAGUCCUACUUCUUUAAUCUCUCUGCAUCCACUUUCCCGAUGGCUCAACGAUCCGUCAGCAUCAAGUCCACUGGUGGUAGCCGGAGUUUCAGUGCCUCUUCGGCAUCACUCCUUCCAGGCUGCAGGACCAGCUUCAGCUCUGUGUCUGUGUCCCAGGGAGGGAAGAGUGGGAGCCGUCUUGGGGGUGGCUUUGGGACCAGGAGCCUCCACAACCUUGUAGGCGGCAAAAGGAUCUCUGUCAGUGGGGCAUAUCGCUCCAGCAGAGCUGGUUAUGGGGGUAGUUGUGGCUUGGGGUAUGGAGGCAUUGGAUAUAGGGUUGGGGGGUAUGGGUAUGGAGGUGGAAUGAUGGCAGGAUCCGGUGGCAUCCAUGAAGUUACAGUUAAUCAGAGCCUACUGGCUCCCCUCAACCUGGAGAUUGACCCAUCCCUGCAGAAGGUUCGGAAGGAAGAGAAAGAGCAGAUCAAGACUCUAAAUAACAAAUUUGCCUCCUUUAUAGACAAGGUUCGCUUCCUGGAGCAGCAGAACAAAGUCCUGGAAACCAAAUGGAGCAUCCUCCAGGACCAUAAGACAACCAAAGCCAACAUUGAGCCCCUGUUUGAAACCUAUAUCAACAACCUGAGGAGGCAGCUAGAGAGCCUGGGUGGAGAAAGAGCAAGGCUCGAAACUGAACUGAAGAGCAUGCAGGAUGUGGUGGAGGACUUCAAGAACAAAUAUGAAGAUGAAAUCAACAGACGCACAGCAGCAGAGAAUGAGUUUGUGGUGCUCAAGAAGGAUGUGGAUGCAGCUUACAUGAACAAGGUGGAACUGGAGGCUAAGGCUGAUGCCCUAACAGAUGAAAUCAACUUUCUGAGGGCUUUCUAUGAGGCGGAGCUGGCUCAACUUCAGGCUCAGAUCUCAGAAACUUCAGUGGUCCUAUCUAUGGACAAUAACCGCAAACUAGACCUGGACAGCAUAAUUGCUGAAGUGAAAGCUCAGUAUGAGGAUAUUGCCAACCGAAGUCGAGCUGAAGCUGAGUCCUGGUACCAGUCAAAGUAUGAGGAACUUCAGCUCUCUGCUGGUAGACAUGGGGACGACCUUCGUACCACCAGAAUGGAGAUUUCUGAAUUGAAUCGGAUGAUUCAGAGGCUGCGUUCUGAGAUUGACAAUUUGAAGAAGCAGUGUGCCACUCUUCAGGCUGCCAUAGCAGAUGCUGAACAGCGUGGGGAGCUGGCUCUUAAGGACGCCCGAGCAAAGCUGGCUGAACUUGAGGAUGCCCUGCAGAAAGCCAAACAGGACAUGGCCCGGCAGCUCCGGGAGUACCAGGAGCUGAUGAAUGUCAAGCUGGCCCUGGACAUUGAGAUUGCCACCUACAGGAAGCUGCUAGAGGGCGAGGAGUGCAGACUCACUGGAGAAGGUGUUGGGCCUGUGAAUAUAUCUGUGGUUACUUCCAGUGGGGGCACUGGAUAUGGCGGAAACAGUGGCCUCUGUGUGGGUGGAGGUGGCCUCAGCAGCAGCCUCUGCUAUGGAAGUGGGGUUGGAGGUUUCAGCUCCACCAGUGGGCGCAGCAUUGGGGGCAGCAGCUCCAGCAUGCGCAUCAUUUCCAAGACAUCAUCCACUAAGAAGAGCUAUCGGAGCUAAAACAUCUUUCCUUGACUGCCAACCCUUCCCCAACCCAGCUCCCCAACCCUUAGGCCUGAUAUUCUGCUAAUGACCCAGAAAGAAGUUUCAUUUAUACAGUCAGACACAGAAACAAAGAGUUCCUAGGUCUUCUAAGGCCAUCUUGUCCAUCUUUUUGCAGCCAGACAAGCCUUCUCUAAGACCAUUCCUCAGAUGAAGAAGGAUACUUGUUUUCAAAGUCCUCCAGAGUCCAUAAGUGCCUCCCGUAGGGUCUACUAACUCUCAUAGUUAAGCAGUUCUACCUUAUCUCUAACCUAAAGCUAUAUAUUCUAUUUCUCCUUAUUUCUUGGGGGGAGUGUUUUAGAAAUGGACUCUAGUUUUCUCCCUUUCUGGGUCUCAGCAGGAAUUGAUAUCUUCUGGACUUUUUAUACUUUCAUACUACCAACUCAUUGUAAAGUAAACAAAAUAUCAGCCAGUUCUUGAAGAACAGGAACAUAAAACAAAAGAAAAAACAGGGUGGAUUCCUUAUACCCACAUUCAUCAUCAAAACUUGCCUCUUUUGGACCAAAUAUGUCACUGUCCGUGUCCCAUAUUAUAACAACCAUAAGAAACAUCAGUUUUUCACCUCCCAAAGUAGGAUUUUGGAAUAUGGUUUUUUUAUUAUACAUAUUAACAUGCAGAUAAUGCAACAAUUCUGCCUGAAAGUCUGGAAGGCAGUAAAUAAUAUUUCAUAGCAGAUUCUAUGUGCUACUUUUGUUUAUCCUUAAACUAAUAUUAUAAAUGAUUUACUUUAUGAAAUAUCAAUUGAUGGUGAUCAAAUACUUAUAGGAGCUGCCAGCCUGGCAUGAAACAUUUGAUAUUGCUUAAAUGGAAAAUCAAAUUGUAAUGUAUUAGGAGUCUUUCUAUUCACAUCAUCACCUUAAAAUCUGAUCCUUCAGUAAUAAGGUUUUAGACUAAUAAUUUAUGUUCCUUGGGCGGUUUUCUUUUCCUCUUUAAAUUCCUUCUCUCUGACUCUCAGUUUUUGACUCUUUGUCUCUAUCUGUGGUGUUGAUUUUUCUGUCUUUCUUCCGUCAUUUCUUUCAUUCUCUGUAACUGAUCUUGUUCUCCUUUCUCUUUCUUCCUCUCUACUUCUGUCUACUUCUUUCCAUCCUGUUUGAAAGCUAGAAUUCUAUUUCCCUUUGUGUCCUACAUAUCUCUACCUCUCCAGUUUGUUCCUGGAUGACAACCCUUUUGCCUAUUUAACUCUUGUGGUUUGGUGUCACCAUUGUCUCUAUUGACAGACUUUGAGAUGCAAUCUGCACCACAACAUCAGCCAGACUUGGAGGACUUUGAAAUUAGCAUGCCAAAUUACUCACCUCCCAAGGAAGGAAGAAUCCAAUAAGGACACAAAUGUAGGGCACUGCAGAGGUUGGUGCUGGGCAUCUCUUCUGAAAGGGAUGGAAUCUAGGAAGAGUAGAGAAGGGAGAAGAUUGAAAAAAUAGAACUACUUCUCAAUCCUUUCAGCUACUGUUGCUCAUAGGGAAACUUUGUUGGUUUGUAGUGUUGUGAAUUCCCAAAGCAUCAGACACCACUGUAGUCCAAGACCCAAACAAGAUAGAUGUCAUUCUCAAGAUCAGCAAAAAGAACUUGAGUAUUUCUGCAUGUUUCCUGUUUCUCCACUGGUAUGGAUUCCAGAGAGAACUGUUAGCAGGGGGAAAGGACUCCUUUGUUUCAGGUCCUUUUCCUAUGCUUCCCCCUCUAUGUCCAUUUGCUCAAAGAGCUUGAAUAAAAGGCAG